AUGCUACUAAGGAACUAUGGCCAAGAUUCAUCAGUUUCAGACAAUGUUGUUCUUCCAAUGUACCAGGGCAUUAUGUUUCAUGGUAGCAUGAAUAAUUGUCCGGUUUGUGGUGGCUCUUUGAUGUAUAAUAGCAAAGAGUAUUACUGUAAAGGAGAAUUUAAUGAAUGGUCAAGUUGGACUUAUGCUACUAAGGACCCACCAAGAAAAGAUGAACCCCUGAAAAUCCCUGAAUCUGUUGAGACUGAAGAUCAGCCUCUCAGCUGGAGUGAUUCGAAUAGCAUGAAUAAUUGUCCGGUUUGUGGUGGCUCUUUGAUGUAUAAUAGCAAAGAGUAUUACUGUAAAGGAGAAUUUAAUGAAUGGUCAAGUUGGACUUAUGCUACUAAGGACCCACCAAGAAAAGAUGAACCCCUGAAAAUCCCUGAAUCUGUUGAGAAAUCUCUAGUCGCUGAAGUCAUAAAGACGCAUGAGGAUCCAAAAAAUCGGCCUAAAAGAGAAUUGAAACUAGCUGAUAAGCCCCCUGCUCAGAAGAUGAUUCCCUAUCCAGUCAUCUCUCACGAUCAUGCAAGAAGGAGUGGACUUACAAUACCUGAUUCCUUGGUUUUAGCGGUUCUGGAGAAUGACAUUUAUUAUGGUUACUGGACAGGUGAGGAAACUCUCCUAGAAUUUGUGCAGAAACUGAAGUCUAGCCCCACUGCGUUUGAAACUAGUUAUGGUUUUUCAAUUGAAAGGAUCUUUGCAGUUGAGCUGGGUAGAUCCCCCUUUUUGGAAGAAAUCAGCAAGCAGCCAAAUAAAGACCAUCCUUCACCAUUUCUUGUCCACCAUGUUACUACAGUCUCCUCACAGUUACGAGUUGCAAGGCCUCCAGUUAAAGGAUGA